ACCUGCCGCGCGCGCGCAGCCCGUCGGAACCCGGAAGUGAGGGGCCGCACGCCGGCCUGCGGGCGGGCUCUGGGGCGUCCCGCUGAGGCUGACCCCACGAUGGCGCGGGAGCCGGGGCCGGGCUCCUCCUCGUCUCGGUCUCACACGCUUCUGGACGCUGUGCUCCAGAACCUCUACGACUUUGGAGAGACAGAAGAUGAAGCAGAACAGAAAAGGAGCAGACAGAAGACGGAAAACAAGAAGAGAGAUGUGGGGCCUCCAGCAGCCCUGGCGGCAGAGCCAGCAUCGCCGCCUGGUUCUCUUACAAGAGGCCAGAGGAAGGGCGCUUUGAGCUUCUUCAUGGAGCUCAGCAAAGAGUUGCGGUGUGCCGCUGCUGUGACCCCCACCAGUGCCCCUCCAGGACCACAGGUCCCUCGUGCUGCAGCAUCUCCCAACAGGAAGCCAGUAGAAGUGGUGGAAUUCCACAGCAGAAAUAAGAGCCGGAAACAGAAGCCAGGUGAAGACGAUAACCCAGAGACCAAAACUAGUAUCCUUGAGAAAGAUGUGGAUAUACAAGAAUUUAACUUAGAAAAGGCUCGGCUGGAAGUCCACCGGUUUGGGAUCACGGGUUACGGAAAAGGAAAGGAGCGAGUCCUGGAACGGGAACGCGCCAUCAUGCUGGGUGCUCAGCCUCCCAAAAAGAGUUAUGUGAAUUACAAGGUUUUGCAGGAACAAAUUAAAGAAAAAAAGGCAGCAAAGGAAGAAGAAAAGAGAAUGGCCCAGGACACAGAUAUUUUCAAGAAAAAGAAGAGGAAGGGGCAGGAAGACAGGUGA